AUAAUGUAUACUUUUAUAUGUAUUUUAAUGAUUUUAUUCUUGCCAGCAUGAUGCAAGGAGUAUCAUGUGUCUAUAUUAGGGCUUGGGCCUCUAUUGGGGACAGGCAUAUAGUUACUAUACGAUUACUAAAAUUUUUGUCAUACAUUUUGAAUAAUGUAUUACUUUAACAUAUAAAUUAAUCAAAUAUUACAGUAAAAGCUAUGUAUGAAAAGAUAUAUGAAUGUUUUUACCAGAAAGGUUCCCAGCACAGAACACAAAGAUAACCACGCCCUUACCCAUCCGAAGCCACGCCCCUUCCUCCUCUCCCUAGUCCAUGCAUGGUCUCUCCCUUCCUCCUCCUCUCUUCCUCAUGUGAGAUGAGGAGAAGUUGAACAUUUUCCUGCCAUUGAUUCACAUCAGGAGGACAUACCGGGGACUAUUUGAAAUACUUCACUUUUUUUUUUACACGUUUCUAGUUCAUAACAACAGGCGGGAAAUAUUUCACAUCGAUGCCAACUAAUUAAGUGGGAGGUUCCGGUCGGACAGCUGACGCACGCGCACGGACUGACUUGUCUGUUUAAUUAACGGCGCUUUUUUGUUUGUCUGUUUGUGUAAAUCCAUAUUUUUUUUUGUACAUUUGUGUUUAUUGAACGAGUUGUGCCGAAGAGUGACUCCAGGAUGAACAGCAACAAAAUCGAGAAGGAGAACGAGCAGACUGAAUUCCACGAAGAAGAGGUCCGAACUCUGUUUGUGAGCGGGCUACCACUGGAUAUUAAACCACGAGAGCUCUACCUCCUCUUCAGACCAUUUAAGGGUUAUGAAGGUUCAUUGAUAAAGUUUACUUCAAAACAGCCGGUGGGGUUUGUCAGCUUUGACAGUCGAUCAGAGGCAGAAGCUGCUAAGAAUGCCUUGAACGGGGUCCGUUUUGAUCCAGAGAUCCCGCAGACUCUCCGGCUGGAGUUUGCCAAGGCCAACACCAAGAUGGCCAAGAACAAGCUGGUGGGCACCCCCAAUCCACUUCCCUCCCAGCAGAGCCCUGGACCACAGUUCAUUAGCCGAGACCCUUAUGAGCUCACAGUGCCCGCUCUCUAUCCCAGCAGCCCAGACGUGUGGGCGUCAUACCCGCUGUACCCGGCGGAGCUGUCGCCAGCCCUCCCACCCGCUUUCACCUACCCCUCCUCGCUCCACGCUCAGAUCCGUUGGCUCCCACCUGCAGAUGGAACUCCUCAGGGAUGGAAGUCAAGACAGUUCUGCUGAAGUUCCUGAUGUGUGAUGGUGGCCUCGGCCGGCUGUGACGGGCGUUGCCGACUGGACCUCUCUGGUCCACUUAGAAGCUAGGAGGACUGACGCCGGACUUCACGAGCAGCCAACCGUCGGCAGCCUCUGAGGACAUAGCAGACCCCCGCCUCCAUCACACAUCGAGAACCCACCACCUCCUAACUCUUUUCUUUUUUUUUCUUUUUUUUUUAAAGCUACACCUCCCUUUGUGAAACCUUUAUGCAUUGGAAGUGUGAAUGAAGCGCCUCCUCGUGGCUAUUAUUAUUAUUACUACUAUUAUUAUAAUAUACUUAUUCACGUUAGUACAUGUUGGAGCAUGACUUUGCAAAAAAAAAACAAACAAAAAAUAAACCAACAUUGUACAUUGGGAGAUAUUUUCCAGAAAGGUAUUUUUGUAAUCUAAACGUUGAGCUGGAGUGUGCAUUUAAAGCUUAAAUACAUUCAAAUCUUUUUCUUUGCCCAUAUGAGAGUGCAAUACCAAAGCCGUCCUCUUGGUGUGCUCUUUGUCCUGUCAUAGUUACAUGAAAGCCCCCAUGCUAUAAUUAGCAAACAGCAACACACCAAAAGCAUUUUAUUUGCAACUAUUCCCAUUUUUUGACACCUUUAUUGUCCGAUUUUUUCACUCCAACUCUUUUGUCUAUUUCUUGGCAGCCAAAUGAUUUUUUUUUUUUUUUUUUUUACAAAUAAAAUGUACGUAAUAAAUGUACAUAAUAAUGAAGGGAAGAUGAAAAGAAACAUUUUUGUUUGUUUGCUACAUCUGCUGUAACAAUUGCUGUCCCAAUUUAUAAUUAUCCCAUAUCUACAGUCUAUAGCCGUGGUGGGGAGCAAAUCCGAAUCAUUUUUGUUCGAUAUUUUAACGGCAAAAUUUGUAAUGUUUGGCUUCUGGGAGCUAAACAAUUUUCCUGAUUUAUCAAUAGCCUAAUCACUGUACGUACAAUCAUACGAAGAAGUGUUAAGGUCAAGAUGCAAAGCAAAUUACGAGGAAAAAAAAAGUCGUAAUGGUACAUGAUUGGCAUUGUAACGAGAUUACUACAAAAAACUAUUACAUAACAAUAACAUAUGACAAUAAUAGGUUGUUUCCAGAAAAAAGGUGAAAAAAGUCUGAAUAUUACAAGAAAAAUGUUGUAACGGUACAAAAUGAAAGUCAUAAUAUUGCGAGAAAAAUGUCCCAAUUUAGAAGAAAAAAGCUGUAGUGGUACAUAAAGUCGUAAUAUUACAAAAAUAAUCUUAAUAAUAUAGUGUUUUUAUGUCAUGAGAAUAGUUAAAUAGUUGUAAAAACAAUACAAAAUAGUCAUUUAAUGUCUUGAAAUUAUUAGGAAAUAGCUAUAUUGAAUUCAAGCUAUCAUGGUAUUAUGAGACAAAAGUUGUAAAAGAAUAUUAUAAUAUUGAAUAAUAUAAAUAAUAAAGUUGAAUAUAAUCUAAUCUAAUUAUAAGAAAAAGACAAUGGUAAUUUGCUGUGUAUUACAAAAAUGCUAUAAAUGUAUUAAGCAUUAUAAAAUAAGCAUAUCGAUACAAUGAAAAAAAGUGCAUGGCAACAUUAUGUUUACAACUUUAUGUUUGUAAUUACAACUUUAUUCUCACAAUAUUAUGACUUUACUGUCAUUCAACACAAAAAAUUGUCUCGCAGUAUUACUACUUUUACUGUCCAAUUUCGACUUUUUUCUAUUAUUCUCUGCCUUUUAUCGACUUUGCAACCUUAAUACUCUUUCAGAUUAGUCAUUAAUGAAUAUGGAUAAUAUGCACAUUAUUUUUGAUUUCAUGAGAAUCUAUUGUUUUUGGGUUGGGUUGAAGCAUCGACUUUAUUAGAACAAGUAUUUAUGAAGUGUGUGUGUGUGUGUGUUUUUAUUAUUAUUAAGGGUGUUGUUUUUAAGAAGAUUAAUGAAGAAGCCAAGCAUUCUAUUAUUAUUCUUAUUCAAUGUAUUGUAUUAUUGUAUAUUCAUUUUCUAGCUGUGACUACUGUAUGUAUGAUAUAUAAAUACUGUAUCAUUCACUGUGAAAUACAACGGUCCUUUUUUUUUUUGUCUAUUUUGGCUGCCGUAUGGUACAGCAAAAAAAAAAAAAAAAAAAACCCUAACAAAAAACUCAAAGUGGGUGCAUUUUUCUGUUCAUAUUCACAGCAUGUAUGUGUUUGUGUGUGUGAGUGCAUGUGUGAGUGUUUAUGUAUGUUAUGUAUGUAUGUGUGUGUGUUUUAUUUAGCCGCAGAAACGUGAGAAACGGCAUUCAAUGAAUUUUUUUUUUUUUUUAAAAACAAAAACAUGUUUUUAUGAAAAUGUUAAGAGACCGUUUGCCAUUAAAGAUUGACAAGAUCCUCAGUGA